CCCGCUGGGCGAACGGCUCAUUCCGGCAGUUGGCGAGCACCGACGGCAGAGGCUGGCAGAGCAGUGCCUCCCAUGCGGUCCCGAACACCCGCCCGCCCGCCUUCCCGCCCUCCUGCUCGCGCCCUCACGCACUCGCUCUCUGUUCUCGCUGGUUUCAGAAGACUCGGGGCUGAGCUGACUGCUAGGCCCGACGUCGUGGCCCGCUGAGUGUCCGCCGAGCAGAAAGACCGAGUGAACAGAGCCAAAAGACAAAAGUGGACUGAGCCGCACCAUGGCGCGGUGGGCGUAACUCAGCGCUGGCUGGUGACGCGGCGGUGCGAGUGCGACCCCCGCCCGCCGCUCUAGCCCUCGCCCGCUUACCACGCCCUGACCCACGGCCGCGCCCUCUUUCUUCGCGACGAGCGCCCGCCCUCGGCCGCCGCAUGGCCCAGCGCCCACUAUGGUCGACGACUUCGAACUGGAGAUCCUGGAGCUGGAGGAGGAGCAGGCGCGCCGCCGGAGGAGGAGCCGUGUCGUCAGCAGCUUCCGGCGCGAUGUCCCUCGCACGUCGAAGGCGCGCCCGGCGCCCGUCCUGCUCGAUCACGUCAUCGAGGGCUGGGGCUCCAAGGGUGGCGACGCGGGCGGCGAGAAGGGCGUGAGGGCCCCUACGGCGAAGGCCCCCACCAAGAAGACGCCGCCGCUACACUCCAGCAUCUACGAGACGCUCAACAACCUCUUCAAUGCGAGCACGCGGGAAAUCGAAACUGAGCGGCGCAUCAAACCAAACAAUCCAGAGUUCAACGCGCAGUUUAAUUAUGCCAAAAACUACAUCAAGACCUCCAAGUACACGCUGCUGAACUUCGUCCCGUACAACCUGUUCGAGCAGUUCCAGCGCCUGGCCAACUUCUACUUCCUGUGCCUGCUGGUGCUGCAGCUGAUCCCCGUCAUCUCGUCGCUCACGCCCGUCACCACCGCCGUCCCCCUCAUCGGCGUGCUCAUGGUCACGGGCAUCAAGGACGCCUACGAUGACUUCCAACGACACCGCAGCGACAACCAAGUGAACAGGAGAAAAUCCUACGUGUUGAGAAAUGGCCAGCUGGCAGAAGAGAUGUGGAGUAAGGUGGAAGUGGGCGAUGUGAUCCGGAUGGAGAAUAAUCAGUUUGUGGCAGCCGAUGUCUUGCUGUUGUCCACGUCUGAACCCAACGGCCUUUGCUAUAUUGAAACAUCGGAGUUGGACGGGGAGACCAACCUGAAGUCCAAGCAGUGUCUGCCGGAGACGGAGGACUUCGGGCAAGAUGUUGGCCGCAUCGGGUCGUUUCAGGGGGAAAUUCGAUGUGAACCCCCGAAUAACCAGCUUAAUAAGUUCGAUGGAACCUUGUACUGGGAGAACCAAACGCAUUCUUUGGACAACGACAAGAUCCUGCUGCGUGGUUGCAUCCUCCGGAACACUCAGUGGUGCUACGGCGUGGUCAUCUUCGCCGGCAAGGACACCAAACUCAUGAUGAAUUCUGGGAAGACAAAGUUCAAACGCACAAGUAUUGAUAGAUUGUUAAACUUCAUUAUUUUAGGGAUUGUAUUUUUUCUGCUUUCUAUGUGCCUAUUUUGCACUGUAGCCUGUGGAAUAUGGGAGACAUUGACAGGUCAGCACUUCAGAAUUUACCUGCCAUGGGAUAGUCUUGUACCACCAGAGCCAGCUGGUGGUGCUGCUGUGAUAGCCCUCCUGGUCUUUUUCUCAUAUGCAAUUGUCCUGAACACCGUUGUGCCUAUUUCUCUAUAUGUUAGUGUGGAAGUAAUUCGAUUAUGUCAGAGCUUCCUCAUCAACUGGGAUGUUGCCCUUUGUUAUACUCCUACUGGGGUGCAUGCAAAAGCACGCACAACCACCCUGAAUGAGGAGCUUGGCCAGAUUGAAUAUAUUUUCUCAGACAAGACUGGAACUUUGACACAGAAUAUUAUGACAUUCAACAAAUGUUCUAUAGCUGGAAGAUCAUUUGGAGAUAUAAUAGAUCCAAGAACAGGUGAAAGUUUGGAAAUUAGUGAGUCAGGAACUUGGGUCAGGAAGAAAACGAAGAAGUCAUCAAGCAAUCGAAAUGCCAACCUGAGAACCUCGCCUGAAGCCACAGCGGACCUCAUUGGUCCCUUAGAUGAGACUGAGGUCAACCUGCUGAGCGACGAAGAAUACCGACAGUACACAAGAUCAGUGGAUUUGUCACACAACCCGUACCAUGAGUCAAGCUUCAAGUUUUAUGACCAUGCACUGACAGAUGCUCUAGAUGCCAGUGAUCCCAGCUGUGAGCUCUUCUUUCGACUCCUGGCACUUUGUCACACUGUGAUGUCAGAGGAUAAAAAUGGAAAAUUGGAAUACCAAGCACAGUCACCAGAUGAGGCAGCGUUGGUCUCAGCGGCUCGCAACUUUGGUUUUGUUUUCCUUUCUCGCACGCCAAAUAGUAUUACCAUAUCAGCAAAAGAAAAUGAAGAAGUAUAUGAGCUGCUUUGUAUCCUUGACUUUAAUAAUGUCAGGAAAAGAAUGUCAGUAAUUCUCAAGAGAGAUGGUAAAAUACGUCUCUAUUGUAAAGGCGCCGACUCCAUAAUAUACGAAAGAUUAAAAGAUGGGCAAGAAAGUUUGAAAUAUCAUACUCAGGAGCAUCUGAAUAAAUUUGCAGGCGAAGGUUUGCGAACACUAUGCCUUGCGUACAAGGAUUUAGAUGGAGAAUAUUUUCAAGAUUGGAAAGCUCGGCAUCAUGAAGCUGCCAUUUCUCUGGACAGGCGAGAGGAGAAAUUAGAUGCUAUUUAUGAAGAAAUUGAAAAGGAUCUUAUUCUCUUGGGAGCUACAGCUAUUGAGGACAAACUGCAAGAUGGAGUGCCUCAAACCAUAGCCAAUCUUGCAGUUGCUGGCAUUAAGAUCUGGGUGCUUACAGGUGACAAACAGGAAACUGCAAUCAAUAUUGGUUAUUCCUGCCAGUUGUUGACAGAUGAUAUGCUUGAUAUCUUCAUCAUCGACGCCCACACUGCCUCCGAAGUUGAAGAUCAGCUCAAGAAAUAUCGUGAGGAGAUUCGCAAUGUUAAUGCUACAAGUCAACCUCAGACAAAUCUAUCAGUUGUCACAUUCAGUGAUGAAGGCGUUGGGCAGGACACCCUGAGUGAUGCUGGUGAGCCAAAUGGAGGCUUUGCUCUGGUCAUUAAUGGACACUCCUUAGUUUGGGCUCUCAGUCCCAAGUUUGAGCAGCUUUUCCUGGAAGUUGCCAGUCAGUGUAAAUCCGUUAUUUGCUGUAGAGUGACACCCUUGCAAAAAGCCUUGGUUGUUGAUUUGGUGAAACGCUACAAGAAAGCAGUGACUCUGGCAGUGGGUGAUGGAGCUAAUGAUGUGUCAAUGAUUAAAACUGCUCACAUUGGAGUAGGUAUAUCUGGCCAGGAGGGCUUACAAGCAGUCUUGGCAUCGGAUUAUUCAGUGGCGCAGUUCCGUUUUCUCGAGAGACUGUUGCUGGUGCACGGGCGUUGGUCCUACUACCGGAUGUGCAAGUUCCUUAGAUACUUCUUCUACAAAAACUUUGCUUUCACUUUAUGCCACUUUUGGUUUGCCUUCUUUGUGGCAUUCUCAGCACAGACACUGUUUGAUCCCAUGUUUAUAUCAGUCUAUAAUCUGUUCUACACAUCGAUGCCUGUGUUGGCUCUCGGCAUCUUUGAACAAGAUGUCAAUGCAGUGAAUAGUAUCAAGUUUCCCCGUCUCUACAGCCCUGGCCUCAACAAUGCUCUGUUUAAUAAACGAGAAUUCUUCAGAUCUGCCCUUCACGGAUUUCUAACCUCUUGUGUCCUGUUCUUCAUACCCUUUGGUGCAUACUACAAUGGCAUGGAUCAGGAUGGACGUAGCAUGGCUGAUCAGCAGACAUUUGGCAGUGUCGUAGCAACAAUACUUGUCAUUGUAGUCACUGUACAAAUUUGUUUGGAUACAUCAUAUUGGACCAUGUUCAACCACGUCACAAUAUGGGGAUCUCUCAUCUUUUACUUUCUGUUGCAAUACUUCUACAACUUCGUCAUUGGUGGUGAAUACGUUGGAGCUCUAGCAAAGGCCAUGGGUGAGCCAAUGUUCUACUUUACCUCGCUCCUAACUAUCGUGGUGUUGAUGCUGCCUGUGAUGGCGUGGCGCUUCUACUGGGUGGACGUCCACCCCACUCUCUCCGACAAGGUGAGGUUCAAACAGCGCCAUGAUGCAAAGAUGGCAAGCAAGAGAUCUGACCACGACAUGCUUCGCACUCCAUCGGCAAGAAGAUCACGGCGAUCCAUCCGCUCGGGUUAUGCGUUUGCCCACCAGGAAGGGUUUGGCCGCCUCAUCACAAGUGGAAAGAUCAUGCGGCCAAGAAAUCCAAAGCCUGGCGCCAUGUCCAAUGGCCGAACCUCAAAUCUUCGUCCAGAUGCCAACAGAGUUUCAGUGGUGGCAACAGCACCCUCUACGGUGGAGGUGUAAUGAUCACCUUUUGUACUUAUCAGUUGUGAAUGUGUGUGUGUGUGCGCCUGUAUAUAUAAUAUAUUGUGGUGAUGAAAUAAUGUUUGGGGAUAUUUAUUUGAAUCUGCCACUGGUGCCAAUAGUUUGAUUUAGGAAACUAGAAAACACUUAGUAAAUACAAUUCUUUUAUUAAUACAGUAUUUGAAAGUUAUUUUCCUAAUAGCUUAUGUGAACCUAGGUGAUAAAGGCAGAGCCUUAUUAUUCUUGUAAAUGGAGAAAUGUCUGUGUGAGAGGAAAUAUCAAAGAAAAAUGAAAUUUGGAAAAGUGAACUUCAGAUGAAGACAUUAGUGAUAAAGCUAAGAAAAGAAAGAGAAAAGUGUUUGAAAACUUAUGCAUGGAAUGCCAAGUUUUUUUUUUUUUUUUUUUUUUUAUCCCAAAAUGAAAAGCUAAGAUUGCCUUGACAUGUACUUAGGCCAUGAUGGAGGUGCCACAAGGUGCUCCCUUCUCAUAAGUGUACUUAUGCUAGAUUUCUCAGGUUUUCUUUCUUUGAUAUGAUUUGUUUUUCUUUUUUUCCCCCCUCUCUUUCUUUGUCUAUUAAUGUUGAAGUUAUUAUUUAUUUUCCUUAGAUUUUUUUUCUCAGUCAACUAAUUGUUUUUAUGCAUGUGUCCAUCUCUGUGGUGGAAGUGUUGGGCAAGGAACAAUGUGUGGUGGCAUUUGAGGGUUGUUCUUGUUUCAUCAGUUAAUUGUUUUCUUUCUUUUUUUAUUUUAUUUGCUUUCUAACUUGUCCAUGAAAGAUGUACAUUUGUAGGUUUUAGUUAUGGUAAUGGAAUUCCAUAUGUGCUGAUUGAUAUACAUUCACAUGUAAUAAGAUGAUGUACAUGUUAAAACAUACAAUGCAUCCAUACAUUUUACUUUUUUUUUUUACACAAUUUCCAACUUCUGAUUACUUACAGAAAAAGAAUACACAUUUACAUUUUCCAACUAGUCAUUGUUCUUUCAUUUCACAAACCACUAUGCAAUAAUUGUACAUUAAAGCUACCAGUGGAAUAGCACUGACACUAUGCAUAAGCUCAUUUUCACAAAUUCAACCUUAUCCAAGACUACCCUUACUUUCAGUGUAUCUAGGGAUUGUUUUGCGACUGUAGAGAAUCUUACAAAUUCAAUUUAGUUUUUGAGAGAGAUAAAAGCUAUUGUAGCCUUCUUUUGGCUCCACACACACACACACACACACACACACACACACACACACACACACACACACACACACACACACACACACAC